AUGAGUGGUUAUGACAGGGCGCUAUCUAUUUUCUCACCUAAUGGCCAUAUUUUUCAGGUUGAAUACGCUUUGGAAGCUGUAAAGAGGGGUACAUGUACAGUGGGCGUAAAAGGUACCGAAUGUGUUGUGUUGGGAUGCGAGCGUAGAUCAACACUAAAACUUCAAGAUCCACGUAUAACCCCAUCCAAGGUAUCCAAGAUCGACAAUCAUGUUAUAUUAUCAUUUGCAGGUCUCAAUGCGGACUCGCGGAUUCUAAUUGAAAAGGCUCGUGUCGAAGCCCAAUCACAUAGGCUUACCUUGGAGGAUCCAGUAACAGUAGAGUACAUGACGCGUUACAUAGCUGGAGUACAGCAAAAGUACACCCAAUCGGGUGGUGUCAGACCGUUCGGUGUAUCGACGCUGAUUGCUGGGUUCGACCCAAGGGAUAAUAGUCCUAAACUAUAUCAAACCGAACCCAGUGGUAUAUAUUCUGCCUGGUCGGCGCAGGCAAUAGGAAGAAAUUCCAAGACUGUAAGGGAGUUUUUAGAAAAAAAUUACUUGAAGCAAAACCCCCCCAGUUCCGAGCAGGACUGCGUAAAGCUGACCGUCAAGGCUCUGCUCGAGGUUGUUCAGACAGGCGCGAAAAACAUUGAAGUCACGGUUGUAAAGCCAAAUUCUGAAAUCCUCACACUAACCACAGAUCAAAUUACCACAUACGUUCAAGAAAUAGAACAGGAAAAACAACAAGAGUUCGAGAAGAAGAAGCAGGGCGAAUAA